GUUACAGCUUACGUUUUGAAAUUGUUAAAAUGGCCUGCGACGAAAAGGAGUUGCGUCGCGAAAUCUCAUUUGCCAUACGAAAUAUACACGGUAUACGUGUGGGCCUAUUCACACCCGACAUGGCUUUCGAGGCCAUUGUUAAACGUCAAAUUGCACAAUUGAAAGAACCGGUCAUCAAAUGUGUCGAUCUAGUCGUACAGGAAUUGUCAGCUGUUGUACGUUUAUGCACCGAUAAGAUGUCACGUUAUCCACGUUUACGUGAAGAAACAGAACGUAUUAUUACCACGCACAUACGAGAACAGGAACAGCGGUGCAAAGAACAAAUUUUAUUACUUAUUGAUUUUGAAUUGGCCUACAUGAAUACCAAUCAUGAAGAUUUCAUUGGUUUUGCCAAUGCUCAGAAUAAAUCUGAAAAUGCUAAUAAAACUGGUACACGUCAACUGGGUAACCAGGUGAUCCGUAAGGGUCAUAUGGUUAUACAAAAUUUAGGCAUCAUGAAAGGUUUGUAUUUGCCCUUAAAGAAAACUUUAGUUUUAAGUGUUAAAAUUAAUACAACAACUAUAAUAUCAUAUUAAAAGUUUAGACGUUUUUUCAUUCGAAAUUUUCCU